AGUGAAGAGACUGUAAACAAGCAGAAGGGAGAAGAAGAAGGUCAGAGACAGACAGAGAGGGAAGAAGAAGGGACUCGUGUGUCCGCUCUGGAUGGUAACAUCAAACCCGGGGAAGUGAUUAUACCCCUCUUUGAGACUAAAGACAUUGACAGAACAAAAGAAGAAGGUUUUGUCGAGGGCAAAAAUCAACGUUCAAGCUGCAGGUUUGGAGUUGAUCCAGGAUGCGGUCCUACCUCGCUCUGCUGCUCGGGAUUGUGGCAUCUGCUGCUUCAGCAGAAUGGAGGCGUCCAGUGAUCAAGUGGAACUCCAAGGUGGUGGCAGGCUCUGAGGUGGUGGUCCGAUUCGGGAGCCCUCUGGAUCUGAGGUGUGAGGGGGACCGGCCUGUAACCUGGCAAACGCGGUUACCAAAACACAGACGCUACAUUUCCAAAGGCAAUGGGAACUUCCGCACAUUGAAGGUGGAACGUCCCACUGCAGAAUUCACCGGAACCUACAAAUGUGUUUACACCACUGGGUCACAGCAACUCACCUCCUCAGUGCACGUGUAUGUAAAAGACCCAAACCGUGUGUUCUGGACCAGCAGCACGUCUGUGCAGGUGGUGAGGAAGGAGGGGGAGGACUACCUGCUGCCCUGCCUGCUGACAGACCCCGCCGCCACAGACCUGGGCCUCCGCAUGGACAACGGCACCUCCGUGCCACCGGGGAUGAACUUUACAGUUUACCGGCACCGUGGUAUCCUCAUCCACCGGCUCCAUCCCAGCUACAAUGCUGACUAUGUCUGCACAGCCAGGGUCAACGGCGUGGAGAAGACCUCCAAGGCCUUUUCUAUCAACGUCAUUCAGAAGCUUCGUUGCCCUCCAUAUGUUGUCUUGGAGACGGAUGAAUAUGUGCGCAUUGUUGGGGAGAAACUCAAGAUUCGCUGCACAACACACAACCCGAACUUCAACUACAACGUCACGUGGAAAUACACCACCAAGUCGAAACCCACCAUAGAGGAGAACGUUCGCUCCAAUGGAGAAAACCGCCUGGACAUAGAGAGCAUCCUGACCAUUACUGCUGUGGACCUGGCAGACACCGGAAAUAUUACGUGCACUGGCACUAAUGAAGCAGGGGUGAACAGUUCAGCCACAUACCUGCUGGUCGUAGACAAAGCCUACAUCAGGCUGUUGCCCCAGCUCUCCCCUAAACUGGCCCACCAGGGUCUUUCACUGGAAGUGAACGAGGGCGAAGAUCUGGAGCUCACUGUGUUCAUCGAAGCGUACCCUCACAUUACGGAGCAUCGAUGGCUCACCCCAACAUCCCCCAACACCUCCACACAGGAGCAGAAGCUCAUCAGAUACAACAACAGAUACCAUGCUACUCUGCAGCUGAAGAGAAUGAAUGCUCAGGAGCAAGGGCAAUACAUAUUGUAUGCCCAGAGUGACUUGGCCAAUGCAUCCAUCAAAUUCCAAGUCCAGAUGUAUCAGAGACCUGUUGCUGUGGUUAGAUGGGAAAACAUAACCACCCUCACUUGCACCUCAUUUGGCUAUCCUGCUCCCAAAAUCAUCUGGUACCAGUGUUUCGGGAUAAGGCCUACGUGCAAUGAAAACACCUCAGGGCUGCAGCUGGUAAUCCCCCUCCAGGCCCCCACAGUGGAGGUCCAGAGGGAGGAGUUCGGGGCCGUGGAGGUGGAGAGCGUCCUCACCGUGGGCCGGUCCACCCGCAGGAUGACGGUCGAGUGUGUAGCUUUCAAUCUUGUUGGCAUCAGCAGCGACACUUUUGCCAUGGAGGUUUCUGACAAACUAUUCAGUUCCACCUUAACUGGAUCAGCAGGAAUUCUGGCCAUCCUCCUUGUGCUUCUUGUUUUCCUAUUAUACAAAUAUAAGCAGAAACCCAGGUAUGAGAUCCGUUGGCAGAUCAUUGAGGCAAGAGAUGGAAACAACUACACCUUCAUUGACCCCACCCAGCUGCCCUACAAUGAGAAGUGGGAGUUCCCAAGAGACAAGCUGAAGUUAGGGAAGAUCCUGGGUGCAGGAGCUUUUGGAAAGGUUGUUGAGGCCACAGCCUACGGCCUGGGAAUGGAAGAGAAUGAGUUGCGUGUAGCUGUGAAAAUGUUAAAAGCCAGCGCCCACUCAGAUGAGAGGGAAGCUCUGAUGUCUGAACUGAAGAUCUUGAGCCACCUGGGACACCACAAGAACAUCGUCAACCUACUGGGAGCCUGCACCUACGGAGGACCGGUGCUUGUGAUCACGGAGUACUGCAGCCUCGGCGACCUCCUGAACUUCCUUCGCCAGAAGGCAGAGAAGUUUGAGAACUUUGUAAUGAGUGUUCCUGACACUACGGACGACUCUAAUGACUACAAGAACGUCUGCAGUGACAAACAGUUCAUCAGAAGUGACAGUGGUAUCUCCAGUGCUUCUUCGAGCAGUUACUUAGAGAUGAGGCCAACCACGAUGCCGAGUAUCGAAUCAUCUCCAGACUAUGUGUCUGAGGAGGCUGCUGACUGGCCCCUGGACAUUGACGACUUGCUGAGGUUUUCCUAUCAAGUGGCUCAGGGCCUUGACUUUCUAGCUGCCCAAAACUGUAUUCACAGAGACGUGGCUGCCAGGAAUGUCCUCUUGACCGACCGCAGAGAGGCUAAGAUUUGUGACUUUGGCCUGGCCCGUGACAUCAUGAAUGACUCCAACUAUGUGGUGAAAGGCAAUGCCCGUCUGCCAGUGAAGUGGAUGGCUCCAGAGAGCAUCUUUGACUGUGUCUACACCAUCCAGAGUGAUGUCUGGUCCUACGGCAUCCUCCUGUGGGAGAUCUUCUCAUUAGGCAAGAGCCCCUACCCCAGAGUGGCUGUUGACUCCAGGUUCUACAAGAUGGUGAGGCGUGGCUACCAGAUGUGCCAACCAAACUUUGCCCCAGCUGAGAUCUAUAUAAUCAUGAAGAUGUGCUGGAAUGUGGAGCCGACAGAUCGUCCCACAUUUAGCAAGAUCAGUCAGAUGAUAGAGAGACUACUCGGGGAGCAGUCUGAGCGGGAACAGCUAAUCUACCAGAAUGUGCCACAGCAAGUCACAGAGGGUGAAGUGUGUGACGAGCCCAAGUCGUGCGACGGGCCCUCUGACCGGUCUUGUGACCACGAGGAAGAGGAGCAGCCUCUGAUGAAGACCAACAACUAUCAGUUUUGUUGAAAGCUAACCGCCAAUCGAUACGAAAAGAAAAUAAAAAAACUCAUUGGCAAGCAUCAGGGAAGUGGGAUCAGCUGAAGCCUGAUGCCAGGGUACCACGGCUUGUUCUAACCACCGGACAGUCGCAGAGAGUCAUAGCUAUUUUUUGCCUGUUGUGCUGUUCGCCAGACAGGCAAGCAGCAGCAGCAGCAGCAAUCAUGUGACUUGCUUCUUUGCAAACCAUGACUACAAAUUGCCAUGUCUAACACUGACUGAAGAAAUGAAAGGAGGAAACAUGUCAACUAACUGCACAAUUAUCCAAAGAUCCACCACAGACUCUUCAUUCCUACUUCUGAUAUGUAUUUGAGGUAUAAUCUGUUAUCAAAAGGAUAUCUGUUAGUCCUUUCUAGGGACGUAGCACAAAAGGAAGGACCCUUACAGUCCUUAAGGGCCCCUAGCACAACCACAGCUAUUCAUUCUCAUAUUUUGUGUUGGCCUUCCUCACAUGAGGGCCUUGUAUACUCAGUUCCCUAUUUUCCCCAGUCCUACGCCCCUGGUCACUUUCCUCAGAGAGUGUUCCUAUUAUAUAUUGUACACUGUGUAUUUUUGUAUUACUGCCUUAUGCCUGGUUUUUGUGGAGGUAUCAGUCAGGUUCCCUUCCUUUUUACUAUGUUAUUGCAUGUAUGGUUUUUCAGAGGAAGAAACUCAGCGGUCACGUUAGAUCCACAACAACAGCUGCUCAUCUUUAUAUGCUGUAGACACGUUUUAUUCUACAAUCACCUCAAAA